UUGUAUGUUAACAGAGUUAACGUUUCGUUUCCAUCAAAAAAAAAAAAAAAACCAGAGUUAACGGCGUUUCUCUUAGAAAAAAAAAAAAAAAAAAAAGAAGACAGUUAGCGGCGUUAGUAAGUUAACUUGGUAGAGGAUUGGUUAGGCCUUACGUUAGAAGUCGAGGAAAAAUGUUGGUCCUAUCGCAAGCUCCUGGCGGAGCUCUCUCAGCCAGAAGUUGCUCUUUGAGGUCUUCUCCGGCAUUAACGACUCCAAAUUCUCCACUUUUCUCUAAUGGCAAAUCCAAGUUCAUCUCCACCAGAUUUCCCAACAAACGAUUUCCUAUCUCUCUGGCAAAAGCAGAACAAGGUGUGGAUUCGACCCCCUCCUCCUCCACCACCACCAAGCAGUCUUUCUCUUCCUCUCCCGCUUUCGACAAUGAGCAAAGGGUUUUCGUGGGUGAGGAUAGUGUUCCCUUGGAAGGUGUUAUCCAGUUCGAUAAGCCCGACACAUCUUCUCGUUUCAAAAAAUGGGGACGCGUGGCUCUGUUUGCUGGCGGGGAUGUUUUGGCAUUGAUUGUGUUCGCUGCAAUUGGACGAUUCAGCCAUGGGUUCUCGGUGUUUGAUGCUGAAACUCUUCGCACGGCCGACCCUUUUAUUGCUGGGUGGUUUUUGAGUGCUUAUUUCCUUGGAGGUUAUGGGGAAGAUGGACGAGGAAUGAAUGGUCUUUCCAAAGGUGUUACUGCUACAGUAAAAUCAUGGGCUGUGGGAAUACCACUGGGGAUAGCUAUAAGAGCAGUGACGUCAGGUCAUUUUCCAGCAUAUCCGUUUAUAUUGGUUACCAUGGGAAGCACUGCUGUUUUACUUACUGGAUGGAGAGCAAUACUAUACAGCCUUCUUCCCAAUGAUAAAAUCAAGAAGACUGACGAUUACCGAAGUGGUAGCCCAUUUGAAUUGUUUGAGCUGCUCACAUCAUUAGUUCGACGGUGGUGAUAUCAACUGUUUAAGAUUCUGCAGUUGUAGAGUACUGCUAUUAUGAAUAUAGGCACCAAGUUUCUUUGUCGCCAUAUACUUUUCAGCUCUUAUGUAGCUGUGUGGUUAGUAAAAUAUAUCCAAUAUGUUGCUACCAAUUUUGUUCUCUCAGAUGCUGAUAUCAUUCUGCGCGUCUAAUCUGUAAUCUCCCUGCAAAGAUUGCAAGAACAAAAGUUCGCAAUCUUAUACAAAAUACACGACCAGAGACUUUGCUAAACAAAAGAAUUCCAUGGUACCUUCCUUAAUUUGAAAAGCCUGAAUGAAAUAAGUUAUUCACAGAAA